AUGGCCACGUCAUGCCCAGUAUCCGCAACCCCUCGUCAUCCUUCCGAACCGGAGCUCAUCAAGUCGUACCUCCUCGGUCGGAUCACGAAGGACUUGUCAUGGGAAUUCAUCCACGACGCCGACGUCUACACCGCGGACCCGGCCAGCCUCACUGGCAAGUUUCUCCCGGCAAGCGACGACAGUGACGAGAAAGUGUGGUACUUCUUCUCGCCGGUGAGGACGAAGAACGUUCGCGGCCAGCGCAAGGCGCGGACGCUUGAAUCCGGGGCGGGAUGCUGGCACUCUGAGGCAGGCACGAAGGCCGUGGAGGACGGCGACGGUCACCGCGUGGGAUGCCGUCAGUUCUUCUCCUUCGUCUACAAGCACAACGGUCAACGGAUCCGGACUGGGUGGUUGAUGGUGGAACUCCGGCUCGACCGCGAACAGGUGGAGAAGAUGCCGUCGGACGACCCGGAUCUGGUCUUGUGCAAAAUUUACUUCACACCACGUGUGUCAUCUUCAACUGCGCAUGCCACGGCAGAGGCUGCUGAUGACGAGAUUGGAGGUAAAAGGAAGAACGACGACCAGAGUCCCGACGAAGCACCUCCAGUAAGACAGCGUUGUUGCCAUAAUCUGCCUAAAGCAACCGCUUCGAGCAAUGUGGUGACCACCGUCAUGGACGAAGACGUGCCUUCAGCUCGAACGACGCCGCCGUCGACUUCAGCUCCAACGUCGUCGAUGUUGCAGUCGCGGCGGGAGAGGUUAUCCUGUUCGUCGCUCGCAGCCGAAGACGAGCCCGCGACGGUUUUUCCUGCUGAGAGCAGCAUCAGUGCCACGCGCAUCGUGGCGCCACCUUAUUUCGUACUUCCUUCCUCGGAUUACAGCAGACAAGAAGUAUAUGUAGUUUGCAGAGGUGACUGCAGUUUAACUCAUCAGAUUAUUAGAGGUGAUUGUCGUGUAACCAUUACAAUUUGUAGGGGCGAUUGCCACGUCGCCUGA